AUGGAUUUCCCAGCCCUCCUUCGUAAUGCAGGCCAAAACGAUGUGAUAAACAUCGCUGAUUUUGUCCGUCAAUGGGAUGAAAGUUCUCUGGAUCAUAGAUAUCACCCAAGUCAAACUCAAGUGAUCUUCCAUCUAUUCGGAUACUAUCUGUUAAACAAGCUCAAUGAAGCUAAAUUCCUAUGAAAAAGACUUCCAAAUGAGUUCAAGUCAGAAAACCCUCACAAUGCCGAACUUAUUGCGACUUGGAAUCUAGGCAAAAAUCUAUUAAAGAAAGACUUAGUAAGAGCCCAGAAAAAGAUAAAUACAACUCAUUGGAGAGAUGCAACAGAUCUUGCUAGAAUGCUUCGAAAAAAGCUUCAGCAGGAUGCUAAGGCGGUCAUCUCUAAAACCUAUGUAAGCAUCCAGAUCGCAAAAGCAGCUGAAAUGUUUGGAAUUAAUGAAACUGAGCUAAGACCUCACGUAGAAAGAUGGGGAUGGCGCAUAGAAAAUGAUUAUGUGAAGCCGACUCAAACCACUCAAAUCACCAAGCGUGAGGUUGCAACUGAUGAUAUUCAGGUGAUUGGAGAGCUUGUUUCGUACUUACUCGCCCCUUUUAAAUUGGAAAAAUAUAUAGAUAAAUUUCCAAUUUGGAAGCAUUUUUUCAAUCGAAAUUUUAUAGGUGAAAAUACUAAUUUCUAUAUAAAUGGUUUUGGCUUAAUUUAAUGGAGAGUAAAAGUAGGACGCUAUUAUUUAAGCAGUUUAAAAGCUAAAUCGAUUAGUAUUUUUAUGUUAAUUAUCAAUAAAAUUUAAUUAAAAUUCAGUUCAAUUUAUAUAUAAAAAAUUAGCUCCCUUAAAAUUGGGCCAGUAUUUUUGGUCCAAUUUAAGGAGGGUGACUUAGAGCAAAAAAAUAAUUUAGUCUAA